GUUGUGUUUUCUUCGAUUCCAUACAUGUGUUCCCGAAAAGAAACCAGCAACGAAUAUGUAACAUGCAUCCAUUUCCCUUCUUUAUUGUUUUUUAAUAUCAUAUGGGAUCUUUGUAUAGCGUUCAUAUUUAUUUAUAGUUCUUCUGUUAGAGCUUUAUUGGUAAUCUUUAUAAUAUCCAUUCCAUAACUUGUUCAAAUUCACACAUAACUUAUUAGUAAAAAGGCCUUUUCACGCGUCUCUACAGUUUUAAUAACAAAAACUCUCAAAUAAGUGAAAUGAUUUUUACGUGUCUCGAAGAUUAUCAUACCUAGAAAAAUAAACAAGUUAAAAAAGAAUAUACAAAACUUCAGUUUGACGUUUUAUUAUUCGCUUAUUCGUCUACGUUCACAUAGACAAAAAUGCUUCUAUAAAACCUUCAAAAUUGCUCACUCCAAAACCCUAACUAGAAUCUCUCUCCAACUCAUCUUCGUCUUCUUUGUUUCUAAUGUUCAAAGCGUACUCAAUUUGAAACAAUACAAAACCUGAAACCCUAAGAUCUAAUCCAAAUCCAAACCUCCUAAUAAAAAAAUAAGUGAUUCAAGAGAUUUAAAAAAAGAUGAUGCCCUUUGGAGCAGGUGAAUCGGAUGAAAGGAAAGAAGCCGAUGAUGAGGAGAACAUAUUCCCUUUCUUAUCAGCCCGAUCCCAAUACGACACACGUGCCAUGGUCUCAGCCUUGACUCAAGUCAUUGGAAACCAAAGCAGCACUCAUGAUAGUAAUCAAUAUCACCCUGUAGAGUAUAAUCAACAAGAUCCUAUCCAACAUGUUCCUCCUACUCAAGAUCAAGGAAACUUGAGGAAGAGGCAUUAUAGAGGGGUAAGGCAACGGCCAUGGGGAAAAUGGGCUGCCGAAAUUCGGGAUCCACAAAAGGCAGCUCGAGUGUGGCUCGGGACAUUUGAGACCGCUGAAGCUGCGGCCUUAGCUUAUGAUGAAGCAGCUCUUAAGUUCAAAGGAAGCAAAGCCAAACUCAAUUUCCCUGAGAGAGCUCAGCUAGCAAGUACCACUAGUACCAUUACCGGUCUACCAAACUAUCACUCUUCUAAUAAUCAAAUGUACUACUCAAAUCCGCAGACCAAUCCACAAACCGUGCCAUAUUAUAACCAAUACUACUAUAACCAAUAUCUUCAGCAAGGAGGAAACAGUAACGAUGCAUUAAGCUAUAGUUUGGCCGGUGGGGAAACUGGAGGUUCAAUGUAUAAUCAUCAGUCGAUAUCUAAUACAACUUCUUCAUCUUCUGGUGGAUCUUCAAGGCAACAACAAGAACAAGAUUACGCCAGAUUUUGGCAUUUUGGGGAUUCUUCUCCCAGUUCAGGUUUUUGAGAUUCUCAUAAAAGUAAUAAGGGAUUUCGAGCGACUUGUUGAGAAGAUCAUAUGUUCCUUGAGUGUUUUCUAUUUUCGUUAUGCAUGUGUGUUGUUUCUGAUCAUUUUGUUUAUUUCUUCUUUGAAGAAUUUUCUUGGGGUUCUUUGUUAACAACCCUUGGAUUUGGAUUUAGUUUCAUACUAUAAUAAAUUCGCUAUAUACAAAAGUGCCACCCUUAAUUAUUGGAUUAGUCUCAUAUAAGCACAUGCAUACGUACAAAUUAUUCACUGAUUUGAAUCUCAGUUCUGACGUUAAUGGAUAUAUCUAUCGUGUAUAAGGUAGGUGUUCAAAGCAAUAUAAAAUCAACGAUAAAAAUCUUCAGUUUACAGGAUGUCAUAUCACAUGAUAAAUGCUAAAAAAAUUGGUUCGCUGUGAAGCCCUUGUAUAUAUCGGAUCAGGUUAUAAAGAAUCACGCUUAUUUUUUUCACAAUACCGUCCAGUACUGUAGUUUGAAUGUUCUAUCGGAACUACAUCUACAUUGUUAUCUUUUUAAAAAGAUUGUUCGGGUCCCAAAAGUACUUGGGUUUUCUAUCAAAACCAGUAUAACACUUUUUAGUUACAAUUUUUAAAGCAAAGAUAUAUACUUGGAUUUGAAGUAACAGGUAUGAAAACUUGACCAAAACAGAUUCGCUAAGGGUUUGUUCAACUCCUUGAAUUUGUCAAUCCAAAGAGGCUGAUUCGUCUUGACCCAUGUUUUCAUAUAUUUUUACUAAUUUCUAAUUUUUUCGUUUCAAAAUAAAUGAUGUUUUGAAGAGUUUUUGAUAUUUCAUAUACAUAAUAUAUUAAUUUUUUUUGUUAUACAUAAUAUAUUAAUUCUUUUUGUUAGCAGGUUAAACAAAUUUGUAUAGACUCUGCAAACCAAAAUAGUAGUUUCACAUCCACGUAGACAACAAACGACAGUUAAUUUCUUGCACUGUGCGUGCUAGACUGUUCGCCUUUGAAUUCCACGUUUGUGGUAUAUAAAUGAGUUAUGAACUGUUGAAACUUCUCUUCAAAAUAACUUGUAAAGGCUGGUUAUUCUUCUAGUUCCAAAAAUUUUUUUUUAUAAUAGUUUUAGUUUUAUUGAAAAAAUUGUAUGGCCAACAAUGUUUUAUAAUUUUUUUGAUGAUUGCCUAAACUAAUUUUGCUUAUAUUUUUAUUGCUCAUUUUUAGAAAAUGCAUGUCUUAAUUUUUAUGUUAAACAUCAUCUAUUUUUUAAAAUAGAGAAAAAAAUAUUUUUUUUACAACUAAAAGGGUUAAACUCGGAUCUAUUAAAGAUACAUACAUAACAUUUGGGUGCGAGGUGUAACUCAUGAAUGGAAAAUUUUCUGGAUAUUCAAAUAGACCGUAAACAAUAAACUCAUAUCUGCGUGGCCACAUGUGAAGCUAAUAAUUUUGCACUAGAAAGAAAUCGAUCUCUGGUUUGGACCAACAUAGCAACUCUUCUUCUAGUGAAAACUGGUAGACCACCACGUCAUUAGAGAAAAAGUAUUUCUUUCAUGUUUUAUUAAAAUUCUAACAAACAUAAAUAUGUGUUAUUUACGGUAUACGAUAUACAAAAUUUGUAAUGCAGAUUCAUAAAAACUGAUUACAAAUAUGUUGAAAAUAACUAAUUUUAGAGGAAUUAUACCAUUUCGAGUUAGAUUCAACGAAUAUAUGUUUCAGAAAUGAAAGAAAUCAUAUCGUUUUGAAAUUCAGAGACUCAUAUUUCAUAUCAUCAUGCCAAUUGAAAUGAUGGUUACGAUGAUAAUGAAUACUUUCCGACCAACGCGUUGUCUCCUCUUUCUUUUGCCCUUUUUUCAUUUACCUUUCUUUAAUUUGAUUUAUUGUGAUUCUUCAUUUACAUAUUACCGUAAAUGGUUAGUGCUUAAAACUUAUUGGUGUAUGAAUCUCGGCCGCCGACAAAAAUAUGUACUUGAAGACAUUCGUGGUACUUCAAACGUUAUAUUAUUUCUUGCAUUAAUAUAUUACCACGCGCGUGGUCACGAACGCGAAGCCGAGUCUACUCUGGUCCUAAACACGUACUACAUACAACCGGUCUCUGCUGUUCCACUCCGGUAGAUGACCAUUGACCUCAUAAAAUAUACUAUUAAAGUAGCCACAUACACUAGUAAAAAUAUUGUAAAUAGUGUUAGAAUUACUGCAUACCAUCUCCAACUCAUUUCUAUUUUUUUCUAAAAUAAAAAAUUUCUAUUAUAGAACUGAAUUUAUUCCAUAUAUAUAUAUUUAUAUAAUAGAGUUCCUCUAUUUAUAAAAAAAAUUAUAAAAAUAUGUUAUUUUCACUUCUAAAUACAAAGAUAAAAAGCAUUUUUUUCUUUAUAUUUUCUUCUAAGAUAAAAGAACUCUAUUAUAGAAGCAUACAUUGGAACAAUUCCACCUCUAUAAUAGAGAUCUUUAUUUUAAAAUAAAAUAUAAAAACAUAUAUUGGAGAUACUCUUAUUAAAAAAUGUUUAAUUUUUUCUUGGUCAAAGAGUUUUUGUAUAACACCAAAUGUUUGGUGCGAAAUUUUCUAACUAGUAGUGGUUAGACUAUCAUUAAUCCUAAUCUCUUAACUGGAGUUUUUAACUUUGCCUAAGAGACGGUUCUUAGUUUUUCUUAGUUUUUAACUAAAAAAAUCUAAGUAUCGUCUGUUAAAUAAAAAAUAAUAGAGUCGUUUUUAACCAAAAAUUAUAAAAAAAAAAGACAAAACAAAAAG